AUGUCUACAGCUCAAGCCGCAAACAAGAAUCGCCCUUUCCCGCUGCAUCCGUUGUCGCAGAACCCGUUGGUUACACGCGAUGACUUCGCCGCAGCCUGCGCUUCAUUGUUAGACCCUCUGGAAGCAGGAUUCAGUCCAGAGAGAGCGUUGGUCAGAAUUGGAGGUUCUGGAACAAGAUUCGAUGAGACAGCAGCCCAGAUCGAAGGAUUCGCUCGUCCGUUAUGGGGUCUCGCACCACUUCUUGCUGGAGGAUCUUACAGCAAGUCGAAAUUAUGGGUCGACGGUAUGAUCGCUGGUACGGAUCCCGACAGCCCAGAGUUCUGGGGCAACAUGGAAGAUCUCGACCAGCGAAUGGUCGAAUCAUGCCCCAUCGGAUACACUCUUGCCAUUGCCAGCAAGGAUUUCUGGGAUCCCUUGACUGAUAAACAGAAGGAAAACGUUGCGAAUUGGCUGGGAAGCAUGAAUGACAAGGAGAUGCCAAACACAAACUGUGAUCUAGACUUGAGACUGACAACGACAGGCNUGUGGUUCAGAGUAUUCGCUAACCUUGGCUUGAAAGCCAAUGGAGCUCCUUUCUCACAAUCCCGCCUCGAGGCCGAUAUGGAUCAUCUAGACACUUUCCACCGCGGCGAGGGAUGGUCGAAUGAUGGCCCAGCAGGCUAUACCCAAAUGGAUUAUUACUCAGGUUCUUUCGCCAUUCAGUACCUUCAGCUACUUUACGCCAAGCUUGCAGGUGACUCUGAUCCAAAGCGAGCAGAAGAGUACCGCGACAGAGCGCGCAAGUAUGCUCUUGAUUUUGCGCAUUACAUGGAUCCCGAAGGUCAUGCUGUCCCGUUCGGAAGAAGUCUGACAUACCGAUUUGCAACUGUAGGCUUCUGGUCCGCUGUGGCUUUUGCUGAUCUUGAGCUGCCUGCUCCUCUCUCAUGGGGCGUAGUCAAAGGCAUGCUUCUGCGUAAUUUGCGCUGGUGGUCUCAGCAUCCAGACAUCUUCCAGCCAAACGGUAUGCUGAACAUUGGAUACACGUACCCGAACUACUACCUGGCCGAGAACUACAACUCUCCGGGCUCGCCGUACUGGUGCAUGUUGGCUUUUGCUGCUCUAGCAUUGCCGAAAGAGCAUCCGUUCUGGACAUCAAAGGAAGAGCCGCAUCCGUUCAAGUCCCAAGCUUCUGUGCUCCCAGAAAUUAAAGCCCUGAAGUAUCCACUACACAUCAUGGUGCAUAAAGCUGGGCACACUUUCUUGCUAUCGUCGGGCCAAAAGUGUCAUUACCCGCUGAAGUCUACCCAGGCCAAAUAUGGCCACUUCGCAUACAGCGCUUCCUUCGGCUACAGUGUGCCAACUGGUGGUUACACAAUUGAGCAAUAUGUCCCAGAAUCUGCUUUGGCUUUAAGCGAUGACGAAGGAGAGAUGUGGAAGAUGCGCCGUGACGUCGAGAACGCUGAGCUAAACACCAAAGACGGUUCGCUGUAUCUGUACUCGGAGAUGAGACCGUGGUCGGACGUGAAAGUUCGCACCUGGUUGCUUCCUCCUACCGAUGAAGCAGCUUCUUGGCACCUGCGUGUACACCACAUACAGUCGGGCAGACGCCUGCAAAGCUACGAAGGCGCUUUUGCUAUAAAGGGUACCGCCAAGAGUACUGGUCGCGCCCUGGGAGCUCUCUCUUCUUCCUCGGAGAACGAAGGCAAUGAGGCUGGACAAGCAUCUGCCUUGACAGUAUCAGAAGCUGGAGCUGUUGGCAUUGUUGAUUUACAAGCGCCUCGAUUCGGCAAGGUGCUCGAAGUCGAUGCGAACUCCAACUUGAUUGAAGCUCGCACAGUGCUUCCAUCUCUGGGUAUGGACAUUGAGCCUGGCAAAGAUGUAUACUUCGUGACAGCUGUUUUUGCCAUGCCAGCUUCAGAAGGAUGGACGGAUAGAUGGCGUCAGGCUUGGGAGAAGAAGCCAGUGCUUCCUAGUUGGGUAGGAGAAAUUAUCAGAUAG